AAAACUAGCAGCCUGCCCAAAUACAUAUAUCAAACUAAAACCAAAAAGAAAAGAUCUAUCAAUCAGCCAAAGAAAGUAUUAUAAAAAUAAAAGAAAAAACUCUUCCCUUUUCCAUAUAUAAACUUCCACUUCCAUGCUAAACAUCACAGACAGUUUCUAGUUCAUAUCCUCUUCUCUUUUUCUCUCUACAGAGUUCUUUAUAUCACAGCAACUAUGGCAAGCAUUUCACAAGCAUCAGGAGUAGAUGCUCUAGGCCUAGCAAACAUGAUCAUAUCAGCCGCAAGAAACGCUACCACCCACCGGAAAAACUGCGAGCAGCUCGCCGAGCACGUGAGGCUUAUCAGUAACUUGCUAGAGAAGUUGAAAUCCACUGACCUAAUCAACUUGCCAGCUACAAAAGAACCCUUGGAAGCCAUAGAAGAAGCUUUAAGAAAAGCUCUUGAUUUGGUUGAAAGCUGCAAAGAUAAAAGUUAUCUUUAUAUGCUUGCUAUGGGAUGGAGUGUCGUUUAUCAGUUCAGGCAAGUUCAGGCUGAGAUCGAUCGUUAUCUCAAGAUUGUUCCUUUGAUUUCUCUUGUUCAUGAAUUUAGGAUGCAGAAUAUAAAGGAAGGCCUGGAGGCCAUUGAAGAGGAUCACAGAGAAUACACUCUGGAAGAAGAGGAUUUAGAGGCACAGAAUGUGAUUCUGAAACCUGACAGGACAAACAAAGACGCCAACAUCUUGGAGAAGUCACUGUCUCGGCGAUAUCCUAAUCUGGAAUUUCAUGAGGCUCUGCAAGAAGAGAAAGAGAAGCUGCAUAUUGAGCUGCAGAGAUCAAGAACAAUCAAUGAUCCGAAUCAAUGUCGUGUAAUAGAACAUCUCAUUGAUGUCACAGAAAAUGUUGUCAAUGCAAUUCCUGAGAAGAAAUUAACUAAACUUCUUGUGAAUGAACCAACUUACAUGGUAUCAGGGUUCAUAACAAAUGCAAAAUCCAGCUAUGGAGAAAUGAAUCCUGAUGAUAAGAGACAAUCUGAGUGGCAGGUUGAUCUCUUUGAUUGCUGUGAAGAGCCUUGUUUGAGCUUGAAGACCUGCAUAUAUCCCUGUGGCACAUUUUCAAGGAUAGCGAAUGUCGUGUCGAAAGGGGAAAUAUCUCGUGAGCGCGCAGUUAAUGAUCUAAUGGCGUAUGCCAUCUUCUGUGGAUGCUGCUGUUACACCUGCUGCAUUAGGAGGAAAAUUAGGCAUAUUUUUAAUAUAGAGGGAGGUUCGUUUGAUGACUUCUUAACUCAUCUUAUGUGUUGCUGUUGUGCUAUGGUUCAAGAGUGGAGAGAGAUUGAGGUCAGAGGCUUUGAAGGUGUAUGCAACAGACUUCCAUUUCCUCAACAAUUAUUGAAUAUUUGUAUUAAGGGUUUCAUUUUGACAUUUUCAGCUAAUAAUGCAUUAGGUUUCUUAUGUAAUCCCAUUUAUAUUCUGAGUUUUAUGGCAAAAUUCCUGUCUUUGCAGGCUGUCAAGGGAGAAAGAUGAUUCCUCCACCUUACCAAUACAUGAAGCCUUGAACCAUGAGCCCUUCUCUCUUAAACCUUAUAAUCUAUGUUUUGACAGUUCCUUGUAAUUAUGCAUGUAGAGACCGUAAUUUUCUUACCUACUUAAUUAAGAACAGUUUUGUAUGCAAAUAAUAGUCUCUUAAAACCUAUUUUUAGGUGAAACAAACUCAAAAUUCUACAUGAUAUUGUGUUAUCAUGCAUAUUCAAAUGAUAGUGUUCAUAUUCUCUGUCUGCUUUACCUUUCUCCUUUUUCCUUCUUUUUGUCUGAACUAAAUUACUUACACAGACACUUCAAAAUAAUUCCCUGGGUAAAAUUGGAACUAGAGAACUAUAAUAACGUGAAACCCAUUUCUACAGACGGACAACAGUACAAAUUCCAACGGCAUGCCAAAACUGUUUAUUAAUUUAUUAUUGUACAAAGUCAGUAAAAGUUCUACUCACUAUUCAGUGCAGAAAAAAGGUUGAUCCUGAAGCCACUAGCCAGUCCAAUACAUGGUUUACAAGGAGCGCAAAAGAUCAAGAGAAAAAAAGGCUAUGCGUUCAAAUGCUGCCUCAGAAGUAUAAAGCAAACAACUGUAUCAGAAUAGGAAGCAACAUCGUGAACUUGUGCAGUCAGAGAAGCAAUGUCAAUAUUGAUGAUAGGAUCAAUCCAGGUGAAACUCUGCUAAAAGGAAGAGCUGCCCUUUACUGAAAAUCACAUAAACAAUGGAGUGCCAAAAACGAAAAAUAUCCAUGUAAGAAUGGUUCUCUUUUUGUUUCUUGAACAAACUAGAGAAAAGCUUUGGUAGACUGUCUAAUCUCUCGCUAAUAAGAAGAGCCAAUGAAACAGCAGCAAUAACUUACUAGUUUCAA